AUGUCGUGGCAUCCAUGGUACCGCAGCUCCAAGUUCCGCCACGUGUAUGGCAAAGCCGCCAGCAAGGAUAAGUGCUACGACUGCAUGCCCAUCACCCUCAACGUCCAUGACAACAACUUCUGUGCCGUGAACCCCAACUUCAUCGCAGUGGUGACUGAGUGUGCGGGCGGCGGCGCCUUCCUCGUCAUUCCCAUCAAUCAGACAGGCAAGCUUGAUCCACAUUAUCCCAAAGUGUGUGGGCACAAAGGAAAUGUUCUGGACAUCAAGUGGAACCCAUUCAAUGACUUUGUAAUAGCUUCGUGUUCAGAAGAUGCCACAGUUAAAAUCUGGGACAUCCCAAAUCAGUUGCUAAAAAGAAACAUUACCACUCCGAAGAAAGAACUUCUUGCGCAUACUCGAAGAGUCGGUCUGAUUGAAUGGCAUCCCACAGCUGAUAACAUCCUCUUCAGCUCUGGCUAUGACUACAAGAUAAUGAUCUGGAACCUUGAAGUCAAGGAUGCUAUUCUUCAAAAGCCAGUGAAGAUUCUUGAUGCUCACAAAGAUGUGGUCCUCUCCAUGUCAUUCAACACAGAUGGCAGUCUCCUUGCCACUGCUUGCAGGGACAAAAAGAUACGUGUGAUAGACCCUCGUGCUGGAACAGUCCUACAGGAAGGAAGCUACAAGUCUCACAGAGUCAAUAAAGUCUUAUUCCUUGGAAACAUGAAAAAGCUGUUUUCUACUGGAACGUCUUGGUGGAAUAAUAGGCAAAUUGCAUUAUGGAAUCAAGAUGAUCUUUCUGUGCCUUUACUGGAGGAGGAUCUGGAUGGCUCCUCAGGACUACUGUUUCCCAUCUAUGACCCUGACACACACAUGCUUUAUGUGGUGGGAAAGGGUGAUGGAAACAUACGGUACUAUGAGAUAAGCCCUGAGAAACCAUAUCUGAACUACCUGAUGGAAUAUCGUUCUCACUUACCACAGAAAGGAAUUGGAGUGAUGCCAAAGAGAGGUCUUGAUGUGGCAGCUUGUGAAAUUUUCCGUUUCUACAAACUGAUUCCAACUAAAAACCUGAUUGAGCCCAUCUCCAUGAUUGUGCCUCGACGGUCGGAAUCAUACCAGGCAGAUAUCUACCCCUUGACUGCAGCAGCCCAGCCAGCACUGACAGCACAAGAAUGGCUCAACGGGAUUAAUAAAGGGCCUCUCUUGGUAUCCUUAAGACCAGGCUCUAAAGCUGUGAACUCCCCACCACAGUUUCUUGAGCCAGAGCCACUCCCACAAGCUACUAACGCGAACCAGGAAGAAGAGGAAAGUAUGUCAGUGGAGGACCAGCAAAAUCCAAGAGAGGCUCAAGAUGACAGAAGUUGGAUGGAAGUGGAGGAGGAACUACCAAAAAAUGAGCAAAUGUGCUUAUCCAAUGGAUUUGACAUAUUUGAGUGUCCACCACCAAAAACUGAAAAUGAGCUUUUACAGAUGUAUUACCGGCAACAAGAAGAAAUCCGUCGACUACGUGAGUUAUUAAUCCAGAAAGAUGUCCAAAUGAAACAGAUGGAGCUGGAGCUCAGAAACGUCUUAAUGAACACAGACAAUUAA